GUCGGUUCCAGAACGUCUAGCGCCCAAGACACGAGGUUCUGCGGGCAGCGGCAUUCCCGAGCGACUCUGUGUGAGUUCCGCAACAUCUAUCUCAUUUGUUCCUCCACCCCAUGUGCAUCAGAUUUGGCUUUCUGGAGAUCGGCCAAGUCGUGCCCAGCUCACUUGGCUGGAGCCGAUACUGCUCGAACAAGGCAAACAUUCCGAGAAAGCCUUGAAAAAAGAUUCGCGACUUCGCAAUCAUGCAUGGACACAGUCAAGAGACAAGAGAGGACUGAAUCACCCUCGAUUGUACCCACAAACAUUUCGAGGGGAGUGUCAGAUGCCGACCGUUGCCAGAUUUCAGCUAAUUAGAGUCGGUGCGAUGAAAGGAGGGUCCUUCCUUGAAAGAGGAGCGAGCUGAUGCGGGUGAAUCGUGGGGUGGGGAACGCGUAGGAUUGCCUGUGCCUCAUCUUGCUACCAGCAGAGUGCUCAGAGCUCAGCAAUGAGACUUUGCUGCGCGGAAUUUUUGCGAGCGCCUUACGCACAUUCACAAGAAGCCAGGGAGUCGAGAUUUUGAAGAGCGGUGCUAGCCCCAACAUUCCCCAGGCUCGCGUCCAUUGUGACACUCCAUAGACGACCGUUCCACGCCCGGAUUCGCUGAAAUGUCGCCUUGAUCGGAAUAUUUGGAAUCAGACGCGCAAAUCGCGUCCUCAGAAACAUAAACGCGGAGUCGUGGGCCUGGCCGACGCGCACAUGGCACCGGUACAUGUUCC